CGCGCGCGCGGCCUCGCGGUCUCGUCACUUCCCGCGCGGACGGCGCUGUCGCCGAGGACGGUCGUGUCCGGUUCGGGCGGCGGCGGCGGGAGCAGUGGGACGGGACGAUGAGCGACAGCGGGGAGCAAAACUACGGCGAGCGGGAAUCCCGUUCUGCUUCCAGAAGCGGAAGUGCUCAUGGGUCUGGCAAGUCGGGGAGACACACCCCUGCAAGAUCUCGCUCUAAGGAGGAUUCCAGGCGCUCCAGGUCAAAAUCUAGAUCCAGGUCUGAAUCCAGGUCUAGAUCAAGGAGGAGUUCCCGCAGACACUACACCAGGUCCCGCUCCCGUUCCCGCUCCCACAGGAGAUCCAGAAGCAGGUCGUACAGUCGGGACUACCGGCGACGGCACAGUCACAGCCAUUCCCCCAUGUCUACUCGCAGACGUCACAUUGGGAACAGGGCAAAUCCUGAUCCAAACUGUUGCCUGGGAGUGUUUGGGCUGAGUCUGUACACUACAGAACGAGACCUGCGCGAGGUUUUCUCCAAGUAUGGGCCCAUCGCCGACGUUUCCAUCGUGUACGAUCAGCAGUCGCGGCGCUCCCGAGGGUUCGCGUUUGUCUACUUCGAGAACGUCGAGGAUGCCAAGGAAGCAAAGGAACGUGCCAAUGGUAUGGAGCUGGAUGGAAGAAGGAUCCGAGUAGACUUUUCCAUAACAAAGAGACCUCACACACCUACCCCUGGAAUCUAUAUGGGAAGACCCACUUAUGGCAGCUCACGGCGACGAGAUUACUAUGACAGAGGCUAUGACAGAGGCUACGAUGACCGUGACUAUUACAGCAGGUCAUACAGAGGAGGAGGUGGCGGCGGCGGAGGAGGCUGGAGAGCUGUUCAGGACAGGGAUCAGUUUUACAGGAGGAGGUCACCGUCCCCGUACUACAGCCGAGGGGGCUACAGAUCCCGGUCCAGAUCCCGGUCCUACUCACCUCGUCGCUAUUAAAGCAUGACAGACACGUAGAGGAAUUUCUAGCUACAGCCUUUGAGUUGAAAUUGCGAGUUUGUGGACAAUAUUUUUUUAUUGUCUCUUCUGUUUAACCAAGUGACAGUGCCUAGUGAAUUAGGUGACUUUUACACCUUUUAUGAAGACAACUUCUGUGGUGUUCAGUGCUGUUUCAUUCUGCAUAUUUGUGUAGUUUGGUGCUUUGUUUCCAGUUGUGUUUUGAAAGGAGUAUGUUUUGCAUGUAUUUUUUUAGUCUCCAUUUUGACUCCUGAAAGGUUUCUAUUGUAAAGACAAAAACUGUUCAGUAAGUUUUUUCUACUGAUUCCAAGUUAUUCCCAAGAUCCAAACCUGUGUAAAAUGCUUUCCGAAAGUGAGAAAAUAAAAUAAAAAGAAGUU